AUGGCCCAGUGGGUGCUAAUGAUAAAUACUGGCGGAGUGUGUGGCAUAGCAAGGUACCACCCAAGCUUUUGGGCUCUAAGUGAAUUGGGUCGGAAAGCCUAUAGAGUGGGGGCUACAAGCUUGGUUGAUUGGAUUAAGAACGUGGUGGAUGCAUGCAUGAAUGGUGUUUUUAAUGCAACAAAUGCUGCUGAGUGGGCUGUGAAAUUCUUACAUGAUUACCAACAGGUUCACCCCAUUGGGCAGAGCAAAAGCAGACGAGCUACGGCUAAGUGGAGGAACCCCCCUUCCGGAAGACUCAAAGUCAAUGUGGAUGGUAGCUACAGGCCUGAAUUUGGAGAUGGUGGAAUUGGUAUAGUAGUACGUGAUGAUCACGGUACUUGUGUGGCAGCUAUGGCAAGAUAUUUCCCUAAAGUGCUUUCUGCUUUUCAUAUGGAGGCAGAGCCCUUUAAGGCAGGACUUCUCUUGGCUAUCUACCAAGGGUGGGAUGGGUUUGAACUUGAAAGUGAUUGCUCACUGAUGGUUGCUGCGUUGAACCAGAAUAUGGAAGACAGAUCUGACGUUGGGCGUAUUAUCGACGAUUGUAAGUCAUAUUUGACAUCUUUACACUCAAUUCAGAUUACUCAUGUCUUUAGAGAAGCAAAUGGUGUCGCUCAUAGAUUAGCACACCUUGCUAGUUCGGCUUACUUAGAUGAUGUUUGGCUAGAUGAGGCACCUGUGAUUAUCCAGGAUGUCCUCUAUGAGAAUUAUUGUAAUCUUAAUAGAGGUCAAGGCUCUAUGUCCCCCUCGAGAUAUGUUCUAAAUUCUAAUAUAAUAAGUCAGGCGUGGGGAUGA